AUGAAUAUAAGAGAAAAAAAGAAAACCAGUCAUAGAUCAACAGUUGCAGUCCAUAAAGCACUAAAUGAAAAAGAUAGAGAAUUUAAUUACUUUUUACCAUUAUUAAAAGAAAAGAAAACAAGUAUUGUAUCAAAUGCAAUCAAUAAUUUAAAUUAUAUUCUUACAUAUCAAUCUGAAAGAGAAGAACAAGUUAGCAAAGAUAUUCUCGAAGCUUUAUGCCAACUCUUUACAAAUGGUGUCUCUGGCAAAUUGGAUAAACCCGAAGAACUUGGUAAAUGUAUUGGUUUAGUAUGCUUAAAGACUGGAGAAAAUAAUGAAUUCUACCGUUAUAUUAAAACCACACUCUCUUCAAUUAUAACCGAUGGUGAAGCUCACAUUAAAGAUAAUGAAUUAAUGGCUGCAAUCUAUGCGCUAUCUCAGUCAUGUUUCUAUUGUUGUACUGAUCGUGACUCUUAUAAACAUACAAUUUCCUUAUUCCAAGAUUUAUUAUAUACACAAAAAAAAAAAAAUAUUCAAGAUAAAUUAUUAUCAGCUUGGUUAUUAUUAUUAACAAGAGUUAAUCCUCAAGAAAUGACAAAUUAUAAAAUGGUUUUACCAAGAUUAAUUGAAUUAUCAAAAUCAUCAUCACAAAAUGUUAGAUUAUCUGCAUCAUUGAGUAUUGCAAUGAUUGUUGAUGAUGUUAAAGAAAAAGUAUUGGAAGAUUUUGAAAGUGAAAUGGGUAGUGAAGAUUUAAAUGAAGAUUAUGAAGAAUAUGAUGAUGAUGAAGAUUAUGAUGGUGAAUAUAAUUAUGAUGAAGAAGAAGAAGAGAUCGAAAGGGAUUAUAGAAGAAGUAGUGAUAAUGGAGGUAAAUCAGCAGCACCAAUUGAUCAAUUAAAUAAUUUAAGUUUUAAUGGUGAUGAAUAUAAUAGCGAUGAUGAUGAGGAAGGUGAAUUUAGUGAAUAUAGUGAAGAGGAUACAGUGAAUCAAUUCAUUGUAGACGAUGAUCAUAUGGUACAAGUUAUUGAAGGAACCCUUAGUUUAAAUAAUGAAAAGGGUAAGAAAAAAAUUCAAUCCAAAACAUUGUUACGUCAAAUCCUUGGAAAUUUAAAGGAUGGUGAUUCACCAAAAGAAACUAUCAUCAUCUAUGGUUUACCAUUCCAUUUCAGUGGUUGGAGAAAGUAUAUCCAAUUGGAAGGUUUACGUAAACUCGUUGGUAAUGCUAUGAUGGCUCAAUGGCAAAAUCCAUUAAUUCAAAAACAAUUUGGUAUUGAAAUUCCUGAAGGUAAUCGUUUAAGAGAAGCCAAAUACCAAUUAAAAAGAUCAAUCUCUCAAAAGAAAAAAGCAGACUAUGAUAGAUCAGUUCGUUCAGAAAGUACUUUAUUUGAAAAUAAUGCUGCCAAUUAA